AUCUGUGGAUUAAAAAGUACGUGAGGUUCUGUGGCGGGAAGUGCUGUCAAUGUCCGAAGUAAAAAAAUCGCAUUUCGUGUUUAUUUACAUAAAAGAAAUAUCCUUUAAAACACGUAUUUUUAUAAUUCACCAGAUAUUAGAGUACGACGAUGAAGAAUGUGUCGUCCAUAAGAGCUAAUUCUAACCAUGAAUCACCUAAAACCCCUGGCGGCAUAAGUAAGUCUUUGUUGACUCCUUGCAGGCGAGUUGGGCUGUCGCGAAAUUGGAAGAAAAAAGGUCCUUCGCCAUUUAUAUCGCCUUUAGCUUCUAAUGCAAAUAAUAAUGUUCAAGUUUUGGAACCGAAAAAAGAGAGUAGAAAGAGAAAAAGCGUCGUUGAACCUGAAGAAAAAACGAACGAAAAUGAUGAAAAUAUAGCGGUUCAUUCUGUGGAAAACGAAUGUGAAAUUUCGACAAAUUCUACAAAUGAAGAGGAAAUAGUAAAGACUCCUUCAAGGAAUGUAGAUUUACCUCGUAGAAAGAAAUCUAAAACAUUCUUAGCAACACUCGAUACUCAGGCAAGUGUAAAAACGACAGACUCAACUGUAUCUCAUGAAAUUUUAGACUGCACUACAGAGAACGAAGCAACAGACAAUACAAUUGAUAGGAAUGUAGAAACAGACACACCCAAUAUUGAAAAUUUAAGUGAUGUGGCCAAAAAUGUAUCUCCUCCAGAACCUUCUAAAAAAGUAAAUAAAAGCAAAAAGUUCCAGUCUCCAUUAAAAACAGCUUCAAAGAUAACUUCGAAAACUGAGAAUUCCAUUUCAGUAAAAGAGAGUGUUGAAGAAACCCUUAAAGAAGUAGCCCAACCAAAGAAGAAGAAAUCUGAAUCUAAAACCAGAAGUCCCAAUGAGCUUACUAAAGAAUGCAUUGUUGUCAUACAAAAGAAACUCUUAAAAGUCAAAGAAAAGUAUGAUAAAAGUAAUAAAGAUGUGAGUGAUCCAAAAAAGAACUCUCAACCUCUUUUUGAUUCAGAUGAUGAAGCACCUUUAAGUACUUUGAAUAAAAAUGACACUAAAGUUAACAAACCGGUGCUGACUCCAGAUGAUGAUGAUGAAUUCAUAGCAACGUCUAGUAAGAAUAAGAAAAAAAUAGAAAGCAAAAAGCCAGCAAAGGAUAGUAAACCUAAAACACAAACUUCAAAAGUUAUCCCUGCAACAGUAUCUAAAGCGCCAUCACAAAGCUCCUUUGAUGAUGACGAUGAUGACUUCUUUGACAAGAAAAAGACAAUCCUCAUCCGAAAGACUUAUGAUAAAGUAUCUAAAGUGAACAAAGCUAAGUCCACUGGUUCGAUAACGCAGGCAGAUAUCGAUAAUAUAAAAGCGAGAAUAGAUGUUAAGAAGAAAAUGCUCCUAGCCAGAUCAAUGACAGCGGAAACUGAAGAGUUGAGAGAAUUGAUAAAAAAAUGGCAAAAAGGUUGUCAAGAGGCAUUGGUAGAAUUAAUGGAUUUGAUGAGACUGAAAUGUCCCGACAAACAUGGCAUGGACUACUCGGAGAUACUUCAGAUGCUGAAAAUACCGCCAUCCUUGGUUGGCUAUGACUCUGACCAUGAUUGCUUCAACACCCCAGAUGAUUCAAGUGCUGUGUUGUCCAAACAUAAUGACUUUUAAAUGCUAUGAAAUAUAAUUUUGUUGAUUUAAUAAAUGUUACUGUUUGA